AUGUCUUCUCCAUAUCAGUUCGCCGACGAGCCUCUCAUCAUCGACACCCAAUUGCCUGAACUGGCGCCCUCUGAAUCCAGCGACUCCGGAAAUAAUUUAUCCUUCCUAGAUCUCGAUUGUACCGAUCCAAGUUCCCUAUCCUUUAACCCAUUCGAGUGUUCAACUUUCGAAUCUGAAUCCAUAAAUUUUGCCGCCGAACUUCAACAAUCAGUUUCACAGGAGCUCAUCCCGGACACGGGCGUGAUAAAUCAACUAAACGAGUUAAAUUUCUUGUACGCUAAGCUCGAGCAACGUGUUAACGAGCUUGAUACCAUGUGCGCAAAGCUCCAAAAUCAACUGCAUCAACAAUCCAACCUCCAAAGUCGAUUGUCAUCGGUUGAGACGCAUUUAAAACAGCUUGUGGACUGGUAUUUUGGGUUCAAGACCACGGUGAACAGAAACACGGAGAAGGUCGCACUCGAAAUUAGUUCGCUAAAGUUAAGAAAGACGUUCUUUUAG